CCUGCAGUUUAUUAAAUGAUCAGCUUGUUUCGUAAAUUAAAUCUACCUGCAGAUUACUGGGAGCAGUACAAGGCUGAAGCAGCAGGUUCCCUGCAGCAGAGGUGGAGGCGGCUGUCGGAGGGCCUGCUGAAGGAUGUGCAGCCGGACAAAAUCUGGGUCAGCAUCAGAACUGCAAACAGAGCCAGGGACAGACCGGAUCAGACUCCCAGCUCUGCAGAGAGAGGCGGCAGAACACCAGAGCCUGAAGGUGAUGACGGGUGGCCAGAGUCCAGACUGACUCUGGAGAGUUUUCUUCAGGGAUGCACAGGAAAAGUGACGGUUUUGGCCGGCCAACCUGGCUCAGGAAAAACUCUGCUGAUGUCUUUUAUCGGGCAACAGUGGACGAAAGGAUUAGGCCCCAUCCCUUCAUCCCAUCUGUUUGUAUUGCUGGAGCUUCGUCAGCUCAACCUCCUGUCGGACCCUCUCUCCCUCUCUGAGCUGCUGUUUCACCACUACCUCCCAACUAAUGGAGACAAUGAAGCAAAGCAGGCCGUUGUGGACUACCUCCUUUCCAAUCCAGAGCAGAGCUGCUGGGUGCUGGACGGUUACGAUGAGUUCCAGAAAAAACUAAAGAGACACAGGGUUCAGAAUGAGCGUCUGGACUCAGAGAAACCUCGGCCUGUGGCAGAGCUCAUCUCAGGGCUACUGAGCCGGCGGCUUCUCGCAGGGAGCACCGUGUUGGUCACCAGUCGAGUACGCGACGUCGUAGAUCUGGACGGUUUGUCCGACAAAGUGGGGCAGCUGCUGCCGUGGGACCACCGUGAAAUCAAAGAGUGUGUCAACAACUUCUUUAGUGGAAAAGAUGGAAAUCUUGCAGCCAAUGCAGCAGAAAUCCUCUUCUCCAGCCGACACCUCCUGGCCAUGUCUUCCCUCCCGGCCCUCUGCAACAUCUGCUGCGUCUUUCUGCAGCAUUCACUGCACCGACAUGCAGAAAAGACAAAGGUGCCUGGAGAAAAAGCAGUUGGAGUAAAGAAAAAACCUCUAGAAAUAGAGAGAAAAGACGCACAAACUCCUGAUGGAAUGGGUGGCAAUGAGAGUCGCUCCCAAAAAGCACAACAUGGUGAAAACAGUGAGGAGACAUUAAUGGAUGGAGCAAAAAGCAGAUCCAUGUUUUCUUUCACAUCAGCACAAAUCCCUUCAACCCAGACUCAGAUCUACCUCGCUGCUGUUGUUGCAUUUCUUAACCGGCACACUGAUCGGACCGGAGGAAAUAACGCAGCAGAGAUCUCAGGAUUUUCUCAAAGUACCAAGUUUGCAUGGAAAACUGUGAGUCUUCCUGCUGCUGAGCUGUGUGAGCUCAGUCGGGUGGCGUGGAGAGGUUUGGAGGAGAGCAGGAUUAUCUUUUUGGAUGAAGACGUUCCUCUGCAAACUUUACAGUCUUCAGUCAAGUCAGGACUCUUCUCACAGAUGGAGGUCAGAGGUCGUGGUGGCGGUGUCGUCAACGCUUACUGCUUCCUGCAUCUCACAGUGCAGGAGUUUCUGGCUGCACUCAGGAUCAUGACAAGCAGUGAUGUCAGUGAUGCAGACCUGAAGAAGAAAUUCAGUCUGAAAACUCGCUGGACGACUAAAUCGGACCAGAAGACAGUAUUCACUGAUUCCCUCUACCUGUACGUCUGUGGUCUGGCUUCGUCGGACUGCACUCCAGCUCUGGAGGUCGUUGCCAAGGCAACAGGGUUAAAAGCAGCCCAAAACUGGGUCCAGAAACGCCAGGCCCUUGUCCUAAAGUUACUGGAAGCUCUGUGCCGCAGUGCCUCUCUGACUGGACCGAAGAUUUUGCAGCUUUGCCAUUGUGUUCAGGAGAGCCAGAACCAGCAGCUGGCUCAGCAGGUGGUGAGGGUGCGACCCACGCUGGAGCUCAGAAACUUCUGGCUGUUAACCAGUGACAUCGAGGCGCUGGCGUUUGUGGUCAACUCGGUCGGUACCAAAGAUGUCGGUUUGGACUUCGGCGCCUGUUCGAUGGAGCUGGAGUGUCUGGACAUCCUGUCCAGGUGUCAGUAUAUUCAUUACCUCAGUUUUCGGAGCCGCAAGUAUGGUGAUAAGUUUGCAGAGAAGCUUUCCUCCGUUCUACCUCGAUUCAUAGCGCUGAGGAAACUAGAGUUUUGUGGUGCCAGUCUGAGUUCUGCAGGAGCUGCGAGUUUGGCCUCCGGUCUGCAGAACUGUCCCAGCGUCACUGAGCUCAAUUUUAGUGACAACAAUUUGCAAGACGAAGGAAUCCGACACAUUGCGGACGUUCUUGCCAAACUACAAAACUUGGCAUCUGUAAAGCUGGGAAGAAACAACACUUCUCUGGAAGCAGCAGAGUGUCUUGUUAAACACGUCUCUUCUUGCUCGAACAUCCAGCAGGUUCAUGCAGACGGGAUCAAAGAGUUGACUCUGACUUUUUCUCAAAAAUCUGAAUCAAACAGCCAUAAAAUUAAGCCAGAAGCAACAGUGAGAUUGUUGAACCAGAAGUGGACUAAGUCUGGCAUGCAGAACCUCGCCAGGUCGCUGGCUCGCUGUCCCUCCCUGUCUGAGCUGGAUCUGUCUGGAGGCGAGUGGGAUGAGGAGACUUUAAAAAUGCUAACUCAGUUUGUGCCAAACUUCAGCAUCACUGACAGGAUCAUAUUGAAUGACAGCUGCUCGUCAGUUCAGAGUGCGGUGAUUCUCACCGCUUUGCUUUCUGACUGUCUGUCUGUCAUGGAGAUGAACAUCAGGCUGCAGGAUCCAGUCCAGGUGUCUGUUGUGUUUUCUGGAGGGAGAGAAAAAACUGCAAAUGUUUCCUCUAAAACACUCUGCCUCAGCUGCUGUAAUCUUCAGCCCAUCGACCUGGAAAGAGUUUGGAGAAGUUUGGGAGCGUCGUCUGAUCUCUCUGAUUUGGACUUGUCCUGCAACAAGUUAGGCGACAAAGGACUGAAGAAGUUGUUGGACUUCUUGCCUCGUCUAAGCAAAAUCCAACGAGUAGAUUUCAGUGGGAAUGACGUCUCGGUGGACGGAGUGGUCAUGCUGGCGGAUGCAUUAUGCUCCAGCAACAGGUUAACGCACGUUUACAUCAGUGAUGGAGGAAAAGACCAGGUGAUGCUGCAGUUCAGCUCUGACACAAGUAACAGCAAACUAAGGACAAAGUUAUUCAGAAUUAACAGAAGAUCCCUGACAGUGUCAGAUGUAAACAAAGUGUGCAGGAAACUGGUCCAGUGUCGCACCAGUUUGGAGCUAGAGUUUACUCAAUGCUCAUUCGCUGAGAAAUCUAUCGAAAAUCUGCUGAGAGUGUUGCCAAAGAUGUCAACGCUGCAGAGACUAAAUGUUAGUAACAGCAUCCAGUCCACUUGUGAUGCGUUAACGCUGAUCAGCUGUUUCCCUGAAAACCAUCGAGUCUCAUCCGUGGAGCUCAGUCCACAGGGCGAAUCCUUCAUUCAUUUUGCUGGAGUUAAAGCAGAACAAGUCAACUGCAGGUUAACUGAUUUUUCUUUCAAAGAAGAAAACUUUGUUUUGUUGGACAGAUUGAACCAGAUCCUGCAGCAGAGCCGCCAGCUCUCUUAUCUCGAUUUAUCAGGAAACCAGCUGGAAGACGAAGGAGUGAGAUGUUUAUUGAAGUCUCUUCCAAAUAUCAGAGUCAGCAGCUUCAUCAAUCUGAGUAAGAACGGACUGAGCCAGCAGGGGGCGCUGCAUGUAGCCACAGCACUGUGUACCUGCACUAAUGUUUCUGCUGUGGAAGUCAGUUUGGGAGAAGACGAAAGGUGUCUGAUCUGGUUUAGACAAAAAGGAGGAGAAAAAACUCUGAGUGUCAGAGACAGCAGGCUGCAAUGUGAUCAUCUGCUCAGAUUAGCAAAUAUUGUCUCAGACUGUCUGAGUUUGACCAAAGUGGAAUUAAAGAACAACAUGCUGCAAUCUGAGUGGAUUGAAAACUUUGUGACAGCUUUAAACGUUAAUCUGACAGGAUGUACCAUCAGUGUUGAAGAACGUUGGAUCGGCGACGAUGAGGCUGCGUCUUUACUGCGCCGCUGUCUGCAGCUCAACAAACCCGUCCAAACCGUCAGGAUUGAUGGCACCACACUACAGCUGGUUCUGACGGACAACAUGGACAGUGAUGUUGCAUUUUCAGCUCAGUCAGCGAUUAAAAAUAUAAGUGUCUCCAACAGCAGCGUGGAAGGAGCCAGGUUACUCUGCUCUCUUCUGCCCUCGUUGCCAAAUCUCUCGUCUCUCAGUGUUGGAGUCAAAGUCGGCACUGCGGCUGAGGAGCUCUUACACGUCAUCCUGAGCUCUACGUCCAUUCAGAGUUUACACUUGUCCGGCGUCCUCAUAAGUGACGCGGCGGCUCAGACUUUGACCAGACUGUUGCCACGCCUUCGAUCGUUCAAUUCGUCGCAUUGCGUUUGGUCAGCAGCUGGACGGCUGCAGUUUAUCGAGACGUUGAAGGACAGCGCCGCUUUGGAAGAACUUUGUCUGGAUGCAGCGAUGCAGCUGAAUGAAAACUGCUGCAGAAGUUUGGCACAAACUCUGAGGAACAUGAGAUCUUUACAGAUUCUCAAGCUGGAUGAAAUUGUAAAAAGUUCAGGACAACCAGAAGCCGACGUUGUUCUGGACCUGCUGGCCGGGAUGCAAGAACUCAACCUGAUACAGGAGAUGCAGUUGGGUGGCUGGAGGAUGGGUGAUGGGGGGAUACAGAAGCUAACGGGAAUCCUUCCUGGUUGGAAAGAUCUCAGGACGAUCAGUCUCUCCAAGAAUCUUGUGAGUGAUCCUUCGGGAGAGAAGCUGCUGGAGGCUCUGAGUGGCUGCAGGCAUCUGGAGGAGCUCCAUAUUUCAGAGAACUCUGUCGGAAAUGAGGGCUUGCUCAGUCUGUCCAGAGCGAUAAUGAGCCUGAAGAACCUCAGAAAGAUCCACCUGACCUCCGUGAGAAACUCAGAGCUGAGCGCUGUCGCUGCCAGUCUGAGCCACUGUCCCUUCAUACAGGAUGUGGGCUUUGGGUGGAAUAACUGUGGAGACGACGUGGCGCUGGAGCUGGCCAAAGUUCUGCCUGUUUGCCACGAUCUGACUCGCAUUGACCUGGAGUGCAACAGUGUGAGCGCCGCCGGCGUGGAGGCUCUGGUCAGAGCUCUACGGUGCUGCCCUGCUCUGCAGGUCAUCAGGUUGUGGAAGAAUAAAGUCUCCCCGAAUGAAGCUUACAGGUUCAGCCAGAUGGAGAGGAGGCUGAAGUUUUCCUCCACCUAAUGGGAUUAGCAAACAAGUAUAUUUAUUUGCAAUAUCAUGUUUGCAGAUGUUUUAUUCGAAAAUGUACAUAGUUUAACAUGAGACAUCUGAGUUUUUUAGCUUAGUUUCACAAGAGAAAAUUGCAUGCGGGUCCAAACUAACAAAAAUGACAUAAAAUCCAACUUUUUUAUUUAAAUAUACUUUAGGAAAUCACAUAGAUGAUAUGAAGUGUCUUCCGAUCUCAGUAAGGGUUGGGCAAAACUCUAAUCAGCUCAUAAUUUUUAUUUCUUGUCACAAAGUUUCUGCUGUGAAACUAAAGGCCACCUUUUAUGUGUUGUAUUUCUGGAGACUCUGAUUUAAUGAGUCACUUUGCACUGACACAGAGGCCACAUAUGUGAAAAAAACCACAAUAAGUCAAGAAUCUGCAGUAAACAGGAGGUUCCUCCUGUAAUCAUCAUUAAAGGUUGUGGUCUCUGUCAGAAUACAUAUUUAUUUUUGCUCUUUGAUGGAAAGAAAAGUGCAGCUUUAUGUAUUUUGUUAUUUAUGUUUGAAGCAGUUUUAAUCUGGUUCUACUUUCUGUUUAAAGAUUUGUUGAUAAAAAGACACCAGACUUGGUUCUGGAAUAAAUGCACCUUAUUGUGAAAAUCACUGGUGAAACCAAGAGUGCUUUUUAAGAUUUCUAUUCAGGUUGAUAUUUAGGUUCUCACAAACUUUCCUCUGCUUGAAAUUCUCAGUGAAAACAUGGUUUGUUCAUUUUCCUGUUUGUUUAAUUUACAAAUUGUGUUCUGUUUGAUGCCAUUUCUGUCAUCUUAAAGACAAAAGAUGUUAUCUUGCUGCAGCGCAACAAUUUUUUAAAAUGUCUUCCCUUUACUUUUAUUUGCUGUUUGUUGUUUACAUGAGUACUGAUGCACUAGUUGUAAAAAAUGACUCUUUCCUUGCCAGCACCGUCAGUUUAACUGAAGAUCCUUGAUAGAAAUAAAGUUUUUUUUACUGUGUGUUUCUUGUAA